CUUGAACGCACCAACAUUUUAUUGCUAGGCUGGCUUGCGCUAGGUAGGAAGGCAAAAUUACAGAAUGUGCAAAGUUUCUUCGGGAAAUAGCAACCGAAAAUAAAAUAAAAAGUAGUUUUUAAAUUCCAUUUCUUGGCAUUGGACGAUGGAGCACAUUUUAACGCCAAAGGUGGAAGAAGUGAAAUUGUUGGAUCGAUACACUGCAAAGAAGCCAGCCAUUGGCACUCUCUAUCUAACAGCAACCCAUCUAAUCUUUGUGGAGACCUCCUGUAACACUCGCAAGGAAACCUGGAUGUUACACCAUCUCAUAGCCACAGUAGAGAAACUCCCUCUUACAGCCAUGGGAUGCCCACUUCACAUUUCCUGCAAGAAUUUCCAUGUGGCUCACUUUGUCAUUUCCAGUGAGAGGGACUGCCAAAAUGUUCAUCAGUCCCUGGUCAGACUCUCCCAACCAGGGAAAGUGGAAGAGUUGUAUGCUUUUCUUUACAACCCAAAACAAGAUGAAGAUGAGAGAAGAAAUGGUUGGGGCUUUAUUGACUCAGCCAUGGAUUUCAAAAGAAUGGGAUUGCCCAAUGAUUUUUGGGAAAUGACAAACCUCAACAAGAACUAUGAGCUUUGCAGCACAUAUCACUCAGAACUGGGCAUUCCUAAAACCGCAAGCAAGGGCACAGUCUUUGGGAGUGCCAAAUUCAGGAGCAGGGGGCGCAUUCCUACUCUCUCCUACUACCACAAGGAAAGUAAUGCUGCCAUUUGCCGCUGUAGCCAGCCCCUGUCCGGGUUAAGUGCUCGAUGUGUAGAAGAUGAGGAGAUGCUACAGGCAAUCAGCCGGGCUAAUCCCAAAAGCACCUUCAUGUAUGUGGUGGAUACCAGGCCUAAGGUAAUAAAUACGCUUUCAGAUAAUUGUAUUGCUAAUUUCCCCUGUAUGUUUCAAUUGCCCCAUCCUAAUCCAAACCAUCCUGCUUUUUUCCCCCAGUUGAAUGCCAUGGCCAAUAGAGCAGCAGGGAAGGGAUACGAGAAUGAGGACAACUACUCAAACAUCUGCUUUCAGUUUGUGGGCAUUGAGAAUAUCCAUGUCAUGAGGAACAGUCUGCAGAAGCUUCUGGAAGUGUGUGCUCUGAAGUCUCCAACAAUGAGUGACUACUUGACGGGACUGGAGAAUUCUGGUUGGUUGCGUCACAUCAAGGCUGUGAUGGAUGCUGGAGUAUUUCUGGCUAAGGCUGUGGCUGAGGAUAAGGCUAGUGUGCUUGUACACUGCUCAGAUGGCUGGGAUCGCACAGCUCAGGUGUGUUCUUUGGCAAGCAUCCUCUUGGACCCCUUCUAUCGUACCAUCAAGGGACUCAUGGUUUUGAUAGAAAAAGAAUGGAUAUCUAUGGGGCAUAAAUUCACACAAAGGUGUGGGCAUGUGGAUGGGGAUCCCAAGGAGGUGUCUCCUGUAUUCACACAGUUCAUUGAAUGUCUUUGGAAUCUCAUGGAGCAGUACCCCUGUGGCUUUGAGUACAACGAGAAGUACCUUUUGGAAAUCCACAACCAUGUUUACUCCUGCCAGUUUGGAAAUUUCAUUGGCAACUGCCAAAGAGAGCGAGAGGAGAUGCGACUUUAUGAGAGGACCUUCUCAGUUUGGCCAUUUCUCUGGGAGAACCGCCAUCAGUACAGAAAUCCUCUGCACAAAUGCUCAUUAGGGAGGGAGGUUCUGAGGCCAAGCACAUUGCCGUUGAAUUUCAAGUUUUGGUGUGGCAUGUAUAAUCAUUUUGACAAGGGCAUGCAGCCAAAGCAGUCCAUUCUGGAACACCUGUUAACCAUAACACAGAAAAAGGCAGAGGGUGAGAAGAAAAUGACAGAUCUCCAGAUACAGUUGGCAGUCAUGGAUGGGGUUCUGGCAGAUCAGGGCAGUCCAACAGGCACGCCACCUGAACAAACCUCUUUGUCUCCUGUAUCGGUUAGCCACACAGCCGAAAAUGCUAAACCACUCAUGAAUGGCGCUGCAGUGGAGGAGGCUGAAAUAGAGUUGGUACCUACUGCAGGGAGCGAGAAGAUGGAACCAGUAGCUAUAGAAAAUUGAGUUACUGCCACAAAGGGCACAGUUGUUUCCAUGGAGAUCAAAGAUGUCAGAGGAGGGACAAAGUUCCUCUGAAAUAACCACUGAAGCAGUUAAGCUUGUGGCCUGAUUAUCCAAUCUGUUAGUUGAUUGAGCAAAUUACAGCCUUAUUGAUGAAACAAAUUCUGAUCCAAUUCUUUAGCAGCCAUAGAAGUUGAACAUUUAUUUAACAAUUUAUUUUACAACCUUUUUUGGGGGAUAAAUACUGUGUCUUUGGAAAGUAUUCAGACAACUUGACUUAUUCCACAGUUUGUUACGUUGCAGCCUUAUUAACAGUUUUUACAUAUCUUUUACUAUGUUACGUAUGUUUACUCAGUACUUUAAAAUCGCUGCCAAAGGUGCUUCAACAGCCUCGAGCUACAUGCUUGGUACACCUGUAUUUGGGGAGUUUCUCCCAUUAUUCUCUGCAGAUCCUCUCAAGCUCUGUCACGUUGGAUGGGGAGCGUCGCUGCACAACUAUUUUCAGGUCUCUCUAGAGAUGUUCAAUCAGGUUCAAGUCCGGACUCUAGCAGGGCCACUCAAGGACAUUCAGAGACUUGUCCCGAAGCCACUCCUGCAUUGUCUUGGCUGUAUGCUUGGUUUCAUCAGACCAGAGUAUCUUGUUUCUCAUGUUCUGAGAUUCCUUUAGGUGCCUUUUGGCAAACUCCAAGCAGCCUGUCAUGUGUUUCUCUCUGGCCACUCUACUGUAAAGGCCUGAUUGGUUUGGCCGGGCGGCCAGCUUCUACGAAGAUUCUUGGUUGUUCCAAACUUCUUCCGUUUAAGAAUGAUGGAGGCCCUUCAAUGCAGCAGAUUUUAUUUUGUACCUUCCCCCAGAUCUGUGCCUCGACACAAUUCUGUCUCGGAGGUCUACGGACAAAUCUUUCAACCUCAUGGCUUGGUCUUUGCUCUGAAAUGCCCCGUCAACUAUGGGACCUUUUUAUAUAGACAGGUGUGUUCCUUUGCAAAUAAUUUUCAGUCAAUUGAAUUUACCACAGGUGGUCUCCAAGUUGUGGAAACAUCUCAAGGAUGAUCAAUGAAAACAGGAUGCACUUGAGCUCAAUUUCGAGUCUCAUAGCUGAAUGUAUGUAAAUAAGCUAUUAAUCUUUAUUUUUUAUACAUUUGCCAAAAUGUCUAGAAUUCUGUUUGUUUUUUUCGCUUUGUCAUAUUGUGUGUCGAUUAGGGGGAAUAAAAAAUAAUCUAUUUUAGAAUAAGACUGUAAUGUAACAAAAUGUAGAGAAAGUCAAAGGGUCUGAAUAGUUUUGGAAUGCCAUAUAUAAGUACCAGUCAAAAGUUUGGACACACCUACUCAUUCAAGGGUUUUUCUUUUUUUUUCUCUACUUUUUAGAAUAAUAGUGAAGACAAACUAAUAACACAUAUGGAAUCAGAUAGUAACCAAUAGUGUUAAACAAACAAGUAUAUUUUUAUAUGGGUGGGCAGGUAGCUUAGUGGUUAGAGCGUUGGACUAGUAACCGGAAGGUUGCAAAAUCGAAUCCCCGAGCUGACAAAGUACAAAUCUGUCGUUCUGCCCCUGAACAAGGCAGUUAAUCCACUGUUCCUGGGACGUCAUUGAAAAUAAGAAUUUGUUCUUAACUGACUUGCCUAGUUAAAUAAAGGUAAAAUAAAUAUUUGAGAUUCUUCAAAGUAGCUACCCUUUACCUUGACAGCUUUGCAUGGUCUUGGCAUUCUCUCAACCAGCUUCAUGAGGUAGUCACUUGGAAUGCAUUUCAAUUAACAGGUGUGCCUUGUUAAAAGUUAAUUUGUGGAAUUUCUUUCCUUAGUGCGUUUGAGCCGAUCGGUUGUGUUCUGAGAAGGUAGGGUUGGUAUACAGAAGAUAGCCCUAUUUGGUAAAAUACCAAGUCCAUAUUAUGCCAAGAACAGCUCAAACAAGCAAAGAGAAAUUAGUCCAUCAUUAUUUUAAGGCAUGAAGGUCAGUCAAUGCAGUUUCUUCAAGUGCAGUUGCAAAAACCACGUGCUAUGAUGUAACUAGCUCUCAUGAGUAGGACCGCCACAGGAAAGGAAGACCCAGAGUUACCUUCAUUAGAUUUAACUGCACCUCAGAUUGCAGCCCAAAUAAAUGCUUCACAGAGUUCACUUAACAGACACAUCUCAACAUCAACGGUUCAGAGGAGACUGCUUGAAUCAAGCCUUCAUGCUCAAAUUGCUGCAAAGAAACCACUACUAAAGGACACCAAUAAUAAGAAGUGACUUGCUUGGGCCAAGAAACACAAGCAAUGGAUAUUAGACCUGUGGAAAUCUGUCCUUUGGUCUGAUGAGUCCAAAUUUGAGAUUUUUGGUUCCAACCGCCGUGUCUUUGUGAGACGCAGAGUAGGUGAACGGAUGAUCUCCGCAUGUGUGGUUCCCACCGUGAAGCAUGGAGGGGGAGAAGUGGGGGUGCUUUGCUGGUGACACUGAAUUAUUUUGAAUUCAAGGCACAUCACAGCAUUCUGCAGCGAUACACCAUCCCAUCUUGUUUGCCCUUAGUCCCACUAUCAUUUGUUUUUCAACAGGACAAUUACCCAACACAACUCCAGGUUGUGUAAGGGCUAUUUGACAAAGAAGCAGAGUGAUGGAGUGCUGAAUCAGAUGACCUGGCCUCCACAAUCACCUGACCUUAACCAAAUUGAGUUGUUUUGUGAUGAGUUGGACCGCAGAGUAAAGGAAUAGCAGCCAACAAUGCUCAGCAUAUGUGGGAACUCAUUCAAGACUGUUUGAAAAGCAUUCCAGGUGAAGCUGGUUGAGAGAAUGCCAAGAGUGUGCAAAGCUUUCAUCAAGGCAAAGGGAUAUCAAAUAUAAAAUAUAUUUUGAUUUGUUUAACACUUUUAGGUUUCUACAUGAUUCCUUCAUGAUGUGUUAUUUCAUAGUUUUGAUGUCUUCACCAUUGUUCUACAAUGUAGAAAAUAGUAAAAAUAAAGAAAAACCUUUGAAUGAUGAGGUGUCCUCCUUGCUUGCACACGCUUUUUCAGUUCUGCCCACAAAUGUUCAAUAUGAUUGAGGUCAGGGCUUUGUGAUGGCCACUCCAAUACCUUGACUUUGUCCUUAAGCCAUUUUGCCACAACUUUGAAAAUAUGUUAGGAGUCAUUGUCCAUUUGGAAGACCCAUUUGCGACCAAGCUUUAACUUCCUGACUGAUAUAUUGAAGCAACAUCUCAAGACAUCUCCAUCAUUUUCCUGCCUCAUGAUGCCAUCUAUUUUGUGAAGUGUACCAGUCCCUCCUGCAGCAAAGCACCCCCACAACAUGAUGCUGCCACUCCCGCGCUUCACGGUUGGGAUGGUGUUCUUCGGCUUGCAAGCCCACCCCUUUUUCCUCCAAACAUAACGAUGAUCAUUAUGGCCAAACAGUUCUAUUUUUGUUUCAUCGGACCAGAGGACAUUUCUCCAAAAAGUACGAUCUUUGUUCCCAUGUGCAGUUGCAAUCCGUAGUCUGGCUUUUUUAUGGCGGUUUUGGAGCAGUGGCUUCUUCCUUGCUGAGCGCCCCUUCAGGUUAUGUCGAUUAUAGGACUUGUUUUACUAUGGAUAUAGAUACUUUUGUACCUGUUUCCUCCAGCAUCUUCACAGGGUCCUUUGCUGUUGUUCUGGGAUUGAUUUGCACUUUUCGCACCAAAGUACGUUCAUCUUUAGGAGACAGAACGUGUCUCCUUCCUUCCUUUUUCUGAGGUCUUGGUUUAUUUCUUUUGAUUCUCCCAUGAUGUCAAGCAAAGAGGCACUGAGUUUGAAGGUAGGCCUUGAAAUACAUCCACAGGUACAACUCCAAUUGACUAAAAUUAGAUCAAUUAGCCUAUCAGAAGCUUCUAAAGCCAUGAUAUCAUUUGUUUGAAGUUUCCAAGCUGUUUAAAGGCCGGGUCAACUUAGUGCAUGUAAACUUCUGACCCACUGGAAUUGUGAUACAGUGAAUUAUAAGUGAAAUUAUCAGUCUGUAAACAAUUGUUGGAAAAAUUACUUGUGUCAUGCACAUAGUAGAUGUCCUAACUGACUUGCCAAAACUAUAGUUUGUUAGCAAGAAAUGUGUGGAGUGGUUAAAAACUAGUUUUAAUGACUCCAACCUAAGUGAAUGUAAACUUUCGUCUUCACUGUAUUUAGUAUCCCAUAGAAACCCACUCUUAUGGCAUAAUAAAUGUUGAGGCUCUGUAUGAAUCAAGGAUACUGAAAUACUCCCCAACAAAGGGAAUAUGCUGUAAAAGUAUAGACCUAAGUUUGGUUUAAUUUUGCGAUGUAAUGAUUGUUAAAGGUGCAAUAUGCUAAAAUUCAAAUAGUUGUACCUUAUUUCAGUUUCACAAAACAAGCAGUCAUUGUGUAGAGAAUCAUUUCACCAUCUAUCCCGCUAGAAAAAUGUUUUCCAUAACCAAUUAUAUUGUAUUUUCAGCUGUUUGAAGCUGGUGUACCAAAACUAAAGUGAAAGACUCAAACAAAACUUAAGAACGGGAAGCAUAGAAGUAGUGCACAUAGAACAGAUAUACCACUUCUUAGACUUGCUUUUAAUGAGAAUGACAGAUCUGUAACUCACUUUUCUAUGUGACUUUGGUUGGGUCGCCCAAAAAGUUACAUAUUGCAGUUUAAGUGAGAGAGAUUCACUGAAAAUAGUUGCUUUUAUGCAUUUUAUAACGCCCUUUUAUUGUACUGCAACAAUGCUGAAUGUGCUCUACAUUUGUAUUUGUUAUUUGCAACAACAUUUUAAUGAAUUGAUAUCUGCCUUUUUUUGUCACUUUCUUGAAAUGCCAUUUUGUAGAAAAGGACCAAAUAAAUGCAAAACUGUUUAUGUAGAAAGAAUAGCACAGCCUGAACAAAUUGCAAUGCAAUGGAUCUUUUUCAAACAUGUCAGAGUACAAAAGAGGCUGUACCAGAGAUGAGGCAUGUGUGAAUUUAAAAGCAAUGAUCAAAUGUGUUCUUUAUAUUUUUUAGCAGGUUUUUCUAGAAUAUUGAGGCCAGUAAUAUAAAGUGUUCUUUCUCAUCUGUGAUUUCAAGGUUCUGAUAAUGCAUUGUUUGUGAUCAACUGCAACAAAUUAUUUCCAACAAAAUGAUUGCACUUUUAUUUGUUUGAGUUGCCAAACCACAUUUGUAAGGCAAUAUAGUGUAUCUGAAUGGACUGUGUGUCAUUGUAGCAUGGAGCAAAUUACAUUAUGUUUACAUUCUCCAUAAUCAAGUGCAACCUGUGAGAUGCAGCAAGACAAAAAUACACCAGCCAGAGGGCCAUUUCCAUUAUUUCAAGGGGCUUUGAAUGUGAGAAGUUCAUUCUAGUGUAUAAAGGGAAUUUGUAAGCAGUUAAUUUGAUGUAAUGGAAAUGUGUAGGAUGUUAAAUGUAAAGGGAAUUUAAUAUACUGCAAUGUCACUGUGCAGGAAGAGAAAUCAAUUUUCAAUCAAAAGUUGAGCAAUGAACACAACGCUGAUGGGAACAAUUUUUGUACAAUAUACGUUUCUGAAUAUUCUUAAAUGUAUACCCAAAAUGUG